GUCUGUCUGUCUGUCUCUGUCAGCCAAGGACCACCCAUCACACGAUCCGCGGCCGGCAUGUCUGGCCGUGGGGUGUGUUGGUGUUGGUAGAUGUGUUGUGCGGGUAGCAGAGUGCGUAUCGGUUGCUGUGUGGGUCAUAGCGAUAUACACCACGUCCGGGAGGGGGCGGAGGGGGCGGUCGGCACACCACACUGCCAGUGCCACCCCCACCCACGCCAGCACCCACACCAUGCCCCACAGCAGCAUGCUGCACCAGCGGCAUCUUGUGCAUGGGUGUCAUGUUGCGGGUGGGCGGCGGGAGCGUCUGGCUGGCCAUCAUGGUGCCGCUGCUGCCGCUGCCGAUGGUGUAUGUGUGGGUGUAUCGGUGGGGUGGGAUGGGAGGGGGCGGGGGAGCGAUGGGGGCGGGAGUGGGUGUGGGGGUGGGGGUGGUGUGCAUGUGGUUGAGCCAGCGGUGGAAGAGGUCCCGGGCAAGGAACACGUCACCAGUAGCUCCAUAGACCGACAGCGUGAAGUAGGGAUAGCUGAAACGCUGGACGGCAACCUGACGCAAUCAUCCACACACACGCACCUGCCAUGAGUGUUGGGAUGGAUGGGUGUGUUUUCUUGUAGCCGUGUGCAGUGCACCUGGUCUGAUAUGGUGAUGUCGGUCUUGCUGUGGCGGGCCAGACGCCGCACCCACUACUUGACACCGCCACACACACUCACCUCCAACACACCUGCGCCCACACAUCACACACACACAACACAAUGGCACACACAUGGGCGACUCUGUCCAGUGGACGGCUCACGUGCGAUGUUUGCGGGUAUUUUGAGGUUGGCGAACGCGUGUUGGCCGCUCCUCGUGUGAUCGCAGCUGUAGAUGGGAUGCACGUCACUCGCACACACGCCAACACCACCACCAGCAGACAUACCGUACUGAGAAUACCCAAACCCCCCACCAUACCCACUCUGACACACAACACACACACAACCACACACACACACAUGCGCGCGCGCGGGGAGACAGAGAGAGGCUUCACACACAAAUGGCUUACAAAUGCCCUUGUGCGUACAUCGCCCCACCCUGCCACCUUGUGUGUGCGUGUCUGCUGCGAGUACCCGUACCCCCCUCCGCCCAGCCCCCCCUGCACCAUCCCCCCUCCACCCACAGCCGAGGUCGUCGUGGCUGCCGUGCCGCCCGUGGCGGGGGCCGUGGUCAUCGUCAGUGCCUCGAGUAUGCCGUUGAACGCGCUGUGGAUGCCCUGCAGGCUGCCACGACACUGCACGCAACGCUGGUUGCUGCUGGUGGGGUGGGGGUCGUCCUGCAACACAUGCAUCCAAACACACACACAAAUACAAACACACACACACGUCGAUAUGGGUGGAUGGAUGUGUGUGUGGCACGUACGCCUCGGGUGAUCUUGAUGGAGGCGUCGGACAUUUUGCAGAUGCGACGAAUGACACAGCCGCCCUUACCGAGCACACGCCCUACCUGGCAAUACACACGACACUUUGCCUCCUUCUCUUAACAAACAUUAAAUCUGUGGUGUGGCUCACCUGGGGAGGGGGGAUGAGGAGAACGAAGACAGGGCGGGAUGACCGAUGCAUGUACGACGAUACCUGCCCGACAAACACCACAUCCAUCCGUCCGUCCAUCCAUCCAUCCAUGCAUCCCGGCAAUUGCACUGGCACGUGCGUACCUCCAGCAGCUUGGGGAAAAUGAUAUCCAAUGCCUUCUGGAUCUGACGCGCCUCGCCAGCGAUGCUCACCAUGACGCCCUGCGCCGUCGACGCCACACUGCAACCGUACUGUGCGAGGAUCUUCGAGUGCCACCCCUUGCGCCCGAUGAGGCCGCCCGCGAAGGCGAGAGCAUGGCCGUCGGCGAAGGGAAUGAGGAAGCGAAAACUGCUGCUGCCGCUGCGGGAAUCCAUGGCUGGAAAAAAUGC